CUGGGGGUUUCGGUUCUGCUUCUUCCGACUUUCUUCUCAUUUCACAACACCCGACCAAUGCCGCUUGCGACUCGAUAUUGAGCGACUCGGAUUCCGCCCACUAACGUUUUCGCAAUGUUGGCCUCAAUGCUAGGAGUGGUCUUGAGCCUCUCGCUUUACUCUUUCGGUGUAUUGUCACAAGAAGCGUCGUGUUACGCACCGGACGGCACCCUCGCGGAUAACGAAACGUACGUUCCGUGCAACAAACUCGGUAUCAACCAGGCUGGAGUCUUCUCAAGCUGUUGUGCUCUCGACGGCCCUCCGGAUCAACGAGAUAUCUGCUCCUCUUCUGGUCUCUGUAUCAACCGUCAACAGCAGCCUCAACGCGGUUUCUGCACCGACAAGACGUGGAAGAGCAAGGCUUGCAACCAUGUCUGCACUGAUAUUCAGACCGGCGGAAACCCGAGUAACAUCAGCUUCAUGACCGCAUGUAACGAUGGCACAGCCAAGUACUGCUGUGGUCAAUCAAACACCACGUGCUGUGGUACCAGUGAAGCGUUCACCAUCGCAACUCAGGAGGCUGUAUGUACAGCGAACACGACGAACACCGAUGGAACUACAGAUAAUGGAUCCGCAUUCAAAGGCGCCACCAUUGGGCUUGCUGUCGUCACCGGUGUUUGCCUCUUGGCCGGCUUGGUGUCAACUUUUUGGCUCUGGAAUCAAAACAAAAAGCUAAAGCAAGAAUUGGCCGAGAAAGCGGAAGCCCCAAGUCAACCGAUGGAACCGCAAUACACCGGCGCGACGAGUUCAUAUGCAGCAACUUCACCACCAACAGGGUACAAGCCUCCGUACAGUACAUCACCGCCACCAACCAUGUCGCCAGGCUCAGAGUAUCACCAAAGCAACAUUCAUCGAUACUCGGAACUGGAUGCGUCAGCAGCUGUGGCGAGGAGCGAAAUGGGGUCGCCUUCGCCAUAUGACCAGCAACAUCAUCAGCAGGGACGGGACUCGCCGGCUCCUAGUCACCAACACGGACAUGGACAUCGGCAUGAUAGUUACGGCAGUCCUAUGCACUCGCCAAACCUGCCUCAGUCAUAAGCAGUACGAUAAUAGGGGGAAUGGUAUAAAGUCGGAGUUGAGCUGGCGUUGAUCUUUGCCACAUUUCACGUCUGGGCCAGACGGGACGUGUUUUCUCGGAAGCUAGUUAAAUAAAGUAGAUAUCGAGUCACGUGG